UUGUUAACGCCUACCAUUCUUCCUUACUUUAGCGUGGUGCAAGAAGAUUUUCAGUACGACAAUCGCCUAUUUGGGUUGCUAAAAAGCGCUAAUUUUUGGAGAAGCCGUCAGCUUAACGUCUUCAAUGACACGUUCGUCGGAAUUUCGACUCGUUUACCCUACACCGUCCAUGCUGGAAUACUGAAAGUUAAUUACAUUCGUCUUGGAAUUUUUGUAUCCAGCAUUCUCCUCUUUAUUUUUGCAAAAAAUUUGGCUCGGAACUCGUUUUUCUUCUAUGGAAGUGGUUGUUCAUUGGGGUUGCUGACAUCACUACUUAUUAUCGUCUUUAUCAUGUACAGAAUAGCACCAAAGUCUCUUGUACGACUACCGUUUAUCAUUGGCGGAUGGUCCUUAUCAUUCUACGUCCUGCACUUCAUAUGGAAGAAUUCCGGGACGAUUUUCGUCCAGUAUCAGAAGCUUCUCCUCGCUUAUUUUGUGACCGUUCUAGCUAUUUCUUUUGCUGUGUGCUAUAAAAGAGGGCCCCCUAAAGAUAGCCGUUCUCAUGAUAUUGCUCAAUGGACUUUACAAGCGAUAGCACUAAUUCUUAUUUACUCAACUACACAGGUGGCCUCACACGUUCGUUUUUCUGGAAUCCUUGAUAGAUCUAGGUGGAAGAUUUUCCCUCCAAAACUACGUUUAUUAACUGAAGAAGAAUACGAAAAAGAAGGCCAAGAAGUGACAAGGCGGGAGCUCGAACGUCUACGAGAAUUUUGUCGGAGUCCAGAAGCUGAUGUGUGGAAACUUACCUGCAGGGUUCGCGAUCCUAGAAGACUUGCUCGAUUUGUUGAUGGUAAGGAAGGGCAUAUUCUUGAGGACGAAGAGGAUUUGUAUGAUGAAGAGUCAAGAUACUCAAACCAGUAA